GUUUUUGAUUCCCGGAUUCAUCGAAGCAAACUUGUGUUCGCCAUGGCCAGCAACGAAGGUUCCCCCAAUAUUAUCGGUUCGCUUAUUUUCUGUCCAGAAUGCGGCAAUUUGCUCGAUAUGCCUGGCGUUGAUGACGAUAUUCUCAUGUGCCAUCAGUGCAGCCAUGCUUAUAAAACAGCAGGAUACGAAUCCACCAAAGUGGUGACCACUUCUUCAGAACGUGCAUUUCAAUCUCCCUUGAAAGCAAAGCGUCAUUUGGUGCAGCAGAGUAAACAGACCGAAGCCGAAGCUAUGAUCAAAGAAAAGUGUCCGAACUGUGGUAAUGAUGAGAUGGCAUACCAUACGAUGCAGCUUCGUUCUGCGGAUGAAGGUCAAACGGUGUUCUACAACUGUAAGAAGUGUGGCUACAAAUUCUCGGUGAACUCAUAGACGAGCAAGAUCAUGAUUUUCCAUUCGCUUCAUCAUGUAAAUUUUUCUUGGUUAUUUUACCCGUAUCAUUACUAUACAUCCAUCAUCUUUCCAUUUUUUUUCUUCUUGUUUCUUCUUUCACUUUAUUUUUUCUUUCCAUUCGUACUUUGAUAAACAUUCUUUACGGAUAUGGAGGAAAUUAUUCAUUGUCACGAAU